CAAACGUCAGACAUGGCUUCAAUGGAGAAGCGGCUACAGAAGGAGCUGCAGGCGCUCCUCAAGGACCCACCUGUCGGGGUGAACGUGGACACAGACAGCAUCCAGAAGAACCUAUCAGAGUGGAUUGUCUACAUCAACGGUGCUCCUGAAUCUCUGUAUGAAGGCGAGAACUUCAAGCUUCAUUUCAAGUUUGGCUCAAGGUACCCCUUCGACUCUCCCCAGGUGACAUUUAUCGGGUCCAACAUCCCUGUUCAUCCACAUGUAUAUAGUAAUGGCCAUAUAUGUCUGUCUAUCCUGACGGAGGACUGGUCGCCAGCGCUGUCGGUGCAGGCGGUGUGUCUCAGUGUCGUCAGUAUGUUGUCCAGCUGUAAAGAAAAGAAGAGGCCCCCUGAUAACGCAAUAUAUGUGAAAACAUGCAGCAAAAACCCAAAGAAAACAAGGUGGUGGUAUCAUGAUGACUCUGUAUGACACAACAUCGUGGCAGUGUCUCUUGUUUAGUGGUACUACACGUGGGCCUGGCAAGUAAUCCGUGGGCAACACCACCUCCUCCUGGCUCGCUAGACAUAUCAGCAGGCUGGGGUCUCCUGUUAUCAACACUUGCUUCAGUCUUACACACUCUAUGUAUCGCCUCCUACCGGAACACAUUGUUCGAGAAUGCAGAUGAAGGCACAGGUUCUGAAGAACAAAUUUCAUAUUUUUUCGGUGUUUUGAUAGUUUUAACACAAGUUUUACCAUCACAUCGCCGAUUUGUAACCAUAAGUUAUUUCAAAUUGAAAAAGGUAUUCUAUACUGUUCAAAUGUGUAUCUUAGGUAUAUAGUCCUGGUGUUAUGUAUUGUGAAGGGAGAUAACUCUGUAAUCUGCCAAGGGAGAUAAUGUUGUUGGCACUACUGAAGAAAGAAACCAUGGGUUUCUGGUAUUGAUUUUCUUGCACCAAUCGAAGGUUGAUGUGUGUAUGUGAGCUGGAAAUGUUUACACCAUCAUGACCUAUGAACAAAUGUUUUUAAGUACGUUUUCAGUGAUGUGUUUUUCACCGCAGCUUUCAAAUGUUGAAUUGUUCGGUUCAAGUUAUUCGUCUGAUCAUACUAGAUAGAAUUUUGGUUUUCAAAUCAAACAAGCUGCAAAUAUUCAGGUACAGACACUUGGAGUGUAUAUAUGUAUUCAACUAUUGAUGUACUGCACUUGUUUACAAUAUGAUUGUACCAUAUUGAUAGGAAUUGAAAUAGAAUUGUCGAUAGGACACAUGAAAAUUGACAGUUUCAAUAGUUGCAGUGUUAUAAAUGUAACAUAAAUUAUGCCGAUUUCAAGCCUCACUGUGUGUUGGUUAGCAAUGAUUACAACUCCAUAUUACAGUUACUUCCCUUUGAUAAUAAAGGCAGGUACUUUUAUAGAUGACAGUAUCUUUGUACUGUUAAACAGUUCAUAUUUCCCUUUGACCGGGGCAAAGUGGAAAAUGGCCGACUUUGUCAUUGUCAGUAGUACUAAAUUCUUUUACACUAGUUAAUAUAAUGCUGAAGCCUUUAAGUUGGUUUGAUGCAGUCACACUGCUAUAGCAGUAGUUGAUAACUAGCGCAGUACUAUUGUAAUAUAGUGUGGGCUACUAUUGCAAUGAAAUAAAUAGCCCUAAUAGCCCUCAGAAAUACCUUCUCUUUUUGUUAUUUUGAAUGAACGAAACUAUCAUUUCCUGGCUUGAUAGAAAUGACGUUAUGUAAAUAGAAAAUAUCAAAUUUUGGGAUUGCAUUGCGGUAGACGAUCGGAAGAUUACUGUUGCAAUGAAAUAAAUAGCCCUAAUAGCCCUCUGAGAAAUACCUUCCGUUUUUGUUAUUUUGAAUGAACAAAACUAUCAUUUCAUGGCUUGAUAGAAAUGACGUUAUGAAAACAGAAAAUAUCAAAUUUUGGGAUUGCAUUACGGUAGACCAAUCCGGAAGGGUACUCUUGCAAUGAAAUAAAUAGCCCUAAUAGUAAUAGCCUUCUGAGAAAUACCUUGCUUUCAUGUUCAAUUCCUCUGACCUACAUAUUUGAUUAUGAUUGACAGAUUGAAACAAGAAGCAAAAUCUUAAAACAUUUAUUGAAUGUACGCAAAAAAAAGUUAAACACACAAUGGUGAAAUAUUUCAUAAAUUUGACACAUCUUUUGAAUGUUAUUUAUUAGAUGACAGAACAAUGUUGUGGUUGUCGGUAAAGUGUUUUUUUAAAGGUUUUGAUGAGAUAAUUGUUAUUUUUCACAUGGUAUUUAUUUCUUGUUUACAGUGCAUUAGCAGAAAGAUUUUCUGCUAUUUGGUUUGAUCGAUUCCUUUCUCUAUAACAUCUAAUACCCCAGUAUAAUACUCAUCUUUUUCAAGAUCUGACCUCAUAGGUCACACCAGGUGAACUUGCUAAAUGCCCAGUUGGAGCUACUGUUUUUCAAUUCUUGGUAUGAAUGAGCAAAUCAUUCAGACAAGUGUGACCGAUUUCUGUGUCUUAAAAUUAAAAAAAUAGAGAGUUCUGACUUUAAAAAGAAUAAUGAUAUGUUAUUGUAGACUUUUUAGCAUCUUGUUAUUUUGAAACAUGUGGGAUCUACACUCGAAAGGGUGUACUUUGAAGGUAUUGUUUUGUUUGUGGAUUUCCUUUCAGACUGAACAUUUCUGAAUUGUAGUGUAAAGAAAUAACGCCAACUUAUUUUAGUAAGCAGGCAUCUGAUUGGCUCAAUAACCAAUAAAGCCAUCUUAUUUCAGUAAGCUGACAUCUUAUUAGCUGAAGAACCAUUAAAGCCAACAUGUUUUAUUAAGCUGACGUCUGAUUGGCACAUGACACUUGAUUGGCUCAAGAACCAAUAAAGCCAACAUAGUUCAGUAAGCUGACUUCUGAUUGGCUCAAGAACCAAUGAAGCCAAAUAGUUUAGUAAGCUGACUUCUGAUUGGCUCAAGAACCAAUGAAGCAGUUUAGUAAGCUGACUUCUGAUUGGCUCAAGAACCAAUGAAGCCAACACAUUGGAUUGGGCUUUCAUUGCUUUCAAUGUCCACUCAGGACUCACAUUGCCCGUCCUGCUAUGGAGAUCUCAGAUCUUAAUACAAAGAAAAAGAUUAUUUGUGUAAAACAUCAGUGUACUGACAUUGCUUUCAUUCGGAAGCCAUCCUGUAACCUAUACCCUUAAACAUCAAGUCUUACAACUUGUCCUGGCUGUACCAUCUUCAAACUGUCUGCUGUUAAUGUCCAAAGCUGAAACGUAGUGGGAAUUUCAUU